CAGGGCCGUCCAGCGGGUUCUGCCAUCAUGUCACCCAUGGUAACUUUAUAGUAAAUGUCCAUAAACACGAAUUAGCUUUUAGCCAUUAGAUACAAGUCCAAACAUAUGUUUUUUUUGUGUUAGCUGAGUUAAUGAUCUUGUUGUCAUGAUGGGGUCCCCCCCGCGUCUCCUGUAGCUCCUAAUUUUAGCCUGUUUUUCCCAACCACCGUCACUUCCUGUUUGUCCAAUGGGAACUGAGCAGUGGACGCACACAAUGCGAAGGGUUCCUGUUCUUCAGAGACCGCACUUGCAGUCGACGAGCGAUGUUUUUAGAUGGGAGCGAAGAGAACAUGAGGAAUGUUUGAACAGAAGUGAUACCACGCAGGAGGCUAUACAAAAGAGAAGACAUCACUCUUGGUCGAAUGCAUGUGUGGAAAAGAGUUGAGUGAGUCUGGAGAAGGAAGAAGAAGAAGAAGAAGAGGCAGAGAAGGGCAGCAUCAGAUGUGACUGCAAAUAUUUCAAGUCAAAAUUGAAGAGCAGAUCUCACACUGAUGAUGGGCUGCUGUCUCUUUGUUUACUAUCGGAAGAAAAGGAAGCAGGCGAGCAGAGAUGCAGACUCGCUCAGUCUCUGCAGUCUGGACAUCAACGAGCCCAGCGCCAAGCGCAGCAAAGCCACCGUCUCCAGGAUGACAUCUCUGGCCAGUCUGCUGCCGCCCGUCAAGACAGCAUCGCUGAAGAGGUUUGGUCAGACACUGCAGCGAUCCAUCAGCUUCCGAACAGAGAGAGCACUUCCUCCUGCUCCUCCUCCUCCUCUCCCACCACCACCACCUCCUUUGUCUUCUUCAUCCACCAUGAAGACGCGCGUGUUCUCAGCAGCCAUCUCCAACUCUUCCACCUCCACAACUAUGACACGGGCAUCCACGGCACCAGCCCCGGCUGCUAAGCGCCGUGACAGCAAGCUUUGGAGUGAGACGUUCGAUGUUCACUUGGGAGCAACACAGCCUCUCAGUCCAAAAGAGAUAAAGAGACAGGAGGCCAUUUUUGAGUUGGCACAGGGUGAGCAAGACCUGGUAGAAGAUCUCAAGUUGGCAAAGAAGGCCUACCAUGACCCCAUGCUGAAGCUCUCCAUCAUGACCGAGCUGGAACUGAACCAGAUCUUUGGUACUCUGGACUCAUUGAUUCCCCUGCAUGAAGACCUGCUGAGUCGCCUCUGUGAGGCCAGAAAACCAGACGGGUCCACCGAACAUGUUGGACAGAUCCUGAUUGACUGGCUGCCAUGUCUCUCGUCCUAUACGGCCUACUGCAGUAACCAGGUGAAGGCCAAGGACCUUCUGGAUCAGAAGAAGCAGGAUCGCAGAGUCCAGGACUUCCUGCAGCGCUGCCUCCAAUCACCGUUUAGCAGGAAGUUGGACUUGUGGAACUUCCUGGAUAUUCCUCGCAGCCGGCUGGUGAAAUACCCGCUCCUCCUCAGGGAGAUCCUGAAGCACACUCCCAACGACCACCUGGACCAGCAACACCUGGACGAGGCGAUGCUGAUGGUCCAGAGCGUGGUGGCGGACAUUAACAGACACACAGGAGAGUCUGAGUGUCAGUUCUAUAAGGACCGCCUGCUCUACACCGAGGUGGGAAUGAGGGACACCCUCAUUGAGCGCUCCAGGACGCUCAGCUGCCACGGGGAGCUGAAGAACAACAGAGGCCUCAAGCUCCACGUCUUCCUGUUCCAGGACGUGUUGGUCAUCACUAGAUCCAUGUCGCUCAACGAGCAGCCAGUCGGCUACCAGCUCUGCCGCCAGCCCAUACCGAUCAGAGACCUUGACUUGGAGGAUCUGUUGGAUGGAGAGAUGAGAGUGGGCGGGUCCAUCAGAGGGGCUUUCAGCAACAACGAGCGGACUAAGAAUUUCUUUCGUGUUUCUUACCGAUGUGGCGGUCAGCAACAGAGCCACUGCUUUCAGGCCAGCGAUGCCUUCAACAAACAGCAGUGGAUCAACUGUAUCAGGCAAGCUAAGGAAGCUGCAACCCUCAGCGAAGACCAUCAGCGUCCAGUUGGACCAUGUCCGCAGGAGGAGGAACUUUGCAAAGACAUAAGGCCGCUCUGUGAGCGACAUUCAGGGCCGGAAAACGACAAAGCGUUGAAGGAGGAGACUCAUUUAGAAGGAGGGAACAGUCUCUCAGUGAUGAGGAACGAGGUGGUCGAGAUAGAGACAGAGACGGAACAACAUGGUGAACCAGCGCAGUUGAGCAUCAAAGCAGACGACGGCAAAGCAGAGAGACACACAAUGAGUGACAAGUCCGAUGGCACCUCCCUUCCUGAGGAGGCAGAGCAGAGUGGCGCCGAGAAGGAAGUCGGUAUGGACACCGGUGGUCCGGAGGAGGAGAUUAUACAAUGCUGAUGUUUGCUGUCAAACUACCUGAAGACACAUGAAGAACCCCCAAUGGGUUCCCCAAACUGCUGUAUCCUGACUCCUCGUAACUAUGGUAAGCAUGACCAAGCAUUUCCAAAGACACAGCCAAAAUGCUGCCUUGCUUAACGGUCAAUACACCCGCACCCGCUGACUGUACACAUGCUGCUUUAUUUAGUCAGUAGCCUCUUUCACUUUCACCUCUAAACGUCAUUGUACUAUAUGACUGGCACCAAAACAGAAUUGGGGGAUGAAGUCAAUCUGACGCAGUAACAGAGGUGGGACCUUCCCUGUGUGCGAGGGUAUUUCACAAUGCCCGUAUCAGGGUCCAAAGUUGCAUAAUUAUUUCACAGGAAUGCCUCGUUUCUCCAGGUUGUGCGUGAAAGGAACAGGUGAAUAAACCUCAGAUUGACCGUUACCGCCCAUCUGACGAAUGUGUGAAAGAAGCUAUUGACUGAUUCCUUCUAAGCUUAAUGAUGCUCGGAGCCAUGUAUUUAUUAUAAAGUCAAUAUGUCACAUGGUCACGCCAAGGGGUCUCAUCUAUAAAGCUUACGUAUGCACACAACAAAAGUCCAUGCACCCGGGUUCAAGGUUUGAGGUUCGCGGGGAGUGCUGGGGCCUAUCCCAGCUUUUUUUUACCCCGGACUCGUCGCCGGCCAAUCACAGUGCACAUAUAGACAAACAACCAUUCACACUCACAUUCAUACCUAUGGACAAUUUGGAGUCGCUAAUUAACUUAGCAUGUUGUUGGAAUGUGGGAGGAAACCAGAGAACCUGGAGAAAACCCACGCAUGCACGGGGAGAACAUGCAAACUCCACAUAGAGAUGGCCGAGGGUGGAAUUGAACCCUGGUCUCCUAGCUGUGAAGUCAUGUGUUAGAAAUAAUAAUAAUAAUAAUAAAUUUUAUUUGUAUAGCGCUUUUCAGAGUACUCAAAGACGCUUUACAGUAGAGAAAAAUAUAUAAAAAUAGAGUUGAAUAAAAAGAUGCAUUAAAAUACAAUGUCCAUACAUUAAUUCAGAGCUAAAACAAGGCUAAAAGCAGAAAAAAAUAAACAUUCUAUGGAAACCAAUAAAUGUUUGUCCAUCGUUACUUUAUUAUUGACAUAAAAACAUUAGUGGAAAGUGUUGCCAUUUUACAUGGCACUAAUGGAUAUCAUUUGUCAAUCAAAUAUAAUAUACUAUAUUGUAUGUGCUCGUUAACAUAUGGUGACUACAAAUACAAUAAUAGUCAUGGUAUCAGUCCCAAAAAAAACACCAUUACGUACCAGUGAAGUAUCCAGAUUAAAAUAAACAGUACAUGAAAAGCACAAUGUAACACUUGAAUAUUUCAUUACUUUAUUUUAUCUUUAUGAGAAUAUUAUGUAUUUGAUUAAAAAUGCAAUGCAAUAAAAGCUUUUUCCAUAAGGACGCCACAAUCAGGAAUCACUUUGCAUUGAUAUUGAAUGGUGACGUGCAGGCGUGCAAAGGGCAUAACUUGAGGACCACAAAUUGCAUUUAUUGCAUUCAUUUAAAUUGCAUCAUCAAAUAUUUUGGUUCAUAUACACAUUUUGUGUUUCCGGCAAACGACGUGCAUUCUUUGUCAGGAUUCCAAGCAUUUUUAUAAAUGAGGCCCCAUGUCAGUGUUUUAUUUUGAUGGUCUUGUACUGUGCUUCAGUAUGCCAAAUGUAGCAGCUGAAGCCUGCUGUGUUGUUAUGUACUAUUUAUGUUAACCAAAGCCAGCUAGCUGUGAGGAGAUGAUAGAAUAAAAC